UCUCGCAACUCAAGAUGGCGGACGAGAGUGAUACAGCAGUGAAGCCGCCGGUACCUCCGCUGCCGCAGAUGAUGGAAGGGAACGGAAACGGCCAUGAGCAUUGCAGCGAUUGCGAGAACGAGGAGGACAACAGCUACAACCGGGGUGGUUUGAGUCCAGCCAAUGACACUGGAGCCAAAAAGAAGAAAAAGAAACAAAAAAAGAAGAAAGAGAAAGGCAGUGAGACAGAUUCAGCCCAGGAUCAGCCUGUGAAGAUGAACUCUUUGCCAGCAGAGAGGAUCCAGGAAAUACAGAAGGCCAUUGAACUCUUUUCAGUAGGUCAGGGACCUGCGAAAACCAUGGAGGAGGCUAGCAAACGAAGCUACCAGUUCUGGGACACGCAGCCCGUCCCCAAACUGGGGGAAGUCGUGAACACACAUGGUCCCGUGGAACCUGACAAAGACAGCAUCCGCCAGGAGCCCUACACGCUGCCCCAGGACUUCGCCUGGGAUGCCUUGGACCUGGGGGACCGUGGUGUGCUGAAAGAACUCUACACCCUCCUGAAUGAGAAUUAUGUGGAAGAUGAUGACAACAUGUUCCGAUUUGAUUAUUCUCCCGAAUUUCUUUUGUGGGCUCUCCGGCCGCCUGGCUGGCUCCCCCAGUGGCACUGUGGGGUUCGAGUGGUCUCGAGUCGGAAACUGGUUGGGUUCAUCAGCGCCAUCCCGGCAAACAUCCAUAUCUAUGACACAGAGAAGAAGAUGGUAGAGAUCAACUUCUUGUGUGUCCACAAGAAGCUGCGUUCCAAGAGGGUGGCCCCAGUCCUGAUCCGUGAGAUAACCCGGCGGGUGCACCUGGAGGGCAUCUUCCAAGCUGUUUACACUGCCGGGGUCGUAUUACCAAAGCCUGUUGGCACCUGCAGGUACUGGCAUCGGUCCCUAAACCCACGGAAGCUGAUUGAAGUGAAGUUCUCCCACUUGAGCAGAAAUAUGACCAUGCAACGCACCAUGAAGCUCUACCGACUUCCAGAGACUCCCAAGACAGCUGGUCUGCGACCAAUGGAAAAAAAGGACAUUGCAGUAGUGCACAAGCUCCUCACCCAGUACCUGAAGCAGUUUCACCUCACGCCAGUCAUGAGCCAAGAGGAGGUGGAACACUGGUUCUACCCCCAGGAGAAUAUCAUCGACACUUUUGUGGUGGAGAAUGCAAACGGUGAGGUGACCGAUUUCCUGAGCUUUUAUACACUUCCGUCCACCAUCAUGAAUCACCCGACCCACAAGAGUCUAAAGGCUGCUUAUUCUUUCUACAACGUUCACACCCAGACCCCUCUUCUAGACCUCAUGAGCGACGCCCUCGUUCUCGCCAAAAUGAAAGGGUUUGACGUAUUCAAUGCACUGGAUCUCAUGGAGAACAAAACCUUCCUGGAGAAGCUCAAGUUUGGCAUAGGGGACGGCAACCUACAGUAUUACCUUUACAAUUGGAAGUGCCCCAGCAUGGGGGCAGAGAAGGUUGGGCUGGUGUUACAGUAACCAGUUGCCAGUGAGAUUCUGGAUAAAGCCACUGAGAAUUCAAACCAGGAAAUGGAGCCCCACCACUUGUUGGUCCAGUUUUCACAAACGUGAGAAUCCCUGGCAAAGGGACCAGAACUGAACUGGUUUUACAAACCGCCACUGAACUUGAUGAUUGUAUUGCAAUGGCGUAGGCUGCGUGAUGUCACCUCUGGCCGUGUCUCUGGUCUCCCUGUUUUCCAAUUAAUCACAUUAUUAUGCAGCCAUGGUCAAGGGAAUGUAACUGCUGAAAACUAGCUCGUGAUUGGCAUAUUAUGGAAUUAACGGGUGAAUAAUAAAAGUAUAUAUAUAUUAUAUAUAUAUAUAUAAAUAUUUUAAA